AAAUAAAUGUAGAUGUACACACUUUAUCUUAAUGUUUACACCUAAGCAUAAUUUUAGUAAUAACGUUUUACUGACGGCUGCAUUUUGUCUUAUUGUGCAUUUGAUGAUAAAUCCAGACUUCUUAUGUAUUCUCAUUGGAUCUUCGCACGUCAGCUUGGCGGAUCCUGUCUACAAUGGCGUAAUUUCCGCUCGGCUAUAGGCAGGGAGGCGGGGAGCUGAAAUGACAUUCGGCCCCACCAACCAAAGCAUAUUUCUCUUAGACCUGUCGAUUAGGAGCAAUAAAGCGAUCUUGACAUCCGUCCAGGAAGACGGAGGCAUACAUUAGCCUUGCGGGAAAAUGGCGGCGGGUAACGUCAACCCGUUUAACGUGAGUGAUUCGGAGGAGGAAGCGGAGCAGAGGCAGGAUCGCGCUGACACCGAGCGCAGCCCUUGUGAUGGAGCGCAAGGCCACAGUCUCGGUCCCUUCUCUCCGCCAGCGUUCUCCGAGCCACCCGCUCUGCUGUCCAGCAACCGAACCAGCCCGAGUGUGGACGGUAUACCCGCAUCGGCAGCUGCGGUGGCCGGUAUUGGAGGCGCAGAGACGCGGGUGUCGGUGGAUGCGAUCGCCGCGCAGCUGCUCCGGGAUCAGUACAUCCUUACGGCCCUAGAGCUGCACACCGAGCUUCUGGAAGCCGGACGGGAGCUGCCUCGCCUUCGGGAUUAUUUCUCCAAUCCAGGCAAUUUCGAGAGGCAGAGCGGAACUCCGCCCGCAUGCAAAGAGCAAGGAGGUCCACUCACUGCGCAGGUGCAGGACAGGAGGAGGAGACAAAAAGAUGGUGUUCAUUUGAGGGAUCGAGCUGGCAGCAUCAGUACUCUGGACUCCCUUGAUUUUGCACGGUAUUCAGAUGAUGGCAACAGAGAGUCGGACGAAAGGGUGGCAGUUCUGGAGUUUGAACUACGGAAAGCCAAGGAGACCAUUCAGGCUCUUCGUGCCAACUUGACACAGGCUGCAGAAUGUGAGAUUCCCUCUCAAGAGAGAAAAAACUACAAAUCCAGUCCUGAAAUUCAGGAACCUAUCCGCCCUCUAGAAAAGAGAGCCUUAAAUUUUUUAGUGAAUGAAUAUUUAUUGAAAAAUGAAUACAAGUUAACGUCCAUCACAUUCUCUGAUGAAAAUGAUGACCAGGAUUUUGAGUUGUGGGAUGAUGUGGGUCUAAACAUUCCUAAACCUCCAGACCUGCUACAACUCUACAGGAACUGUGGCAACAACCUUCCGUUGCACCAGAAUACAGUGGACGUGGCGGUCGGUGUGGAUCCAAGUGACUUACCAGGAGAGCACUUUACCCAGGAAGCCACUAUACAGCAGCAGCAGCAGCAACAAGAAGUGGUUCAGGAGCUGGAGUAUCAGAUCAGUCUGCUUAACAGUGAAAAACAGAGUCUGGCUGAACAGAUUAAGAAGCUCCAGAGCGAUAUCCAGUCUCUUCAAAGGAAUGUUUCCUCACCCACAACAAGAGUGAAUUCCGCUCAGCCUAAAGAAGACCCUCCAUGUGAUAAGACUCCUCUAGACAAUGGACAGUAUUUGGAUAUACGGGGGGUCACAGAGACAGACAGCACUCCAGACCCCAACACUACAAAGACCUCAACCACAACAACUACUACUGACUACACUGAAAGCUCCAUGACCACAACACAGCAUAACAGCAAAGUAAAGUCUCAGAGUCAGCAGAGUAAAACCUCUGUGCAGUUUGACCAGCCCAACAGAAAGCUGUCUCCGGCCUUCCACCAAGCACUUUUGUCCUUUUGUCGAAUGUCUGCUGACAGUAGACUGGGCUCAGAGGUGUCUCGAAUCGCUGACAGCGAGCAGAGCGUUAUGCUCAUGCUGGGCCGCUGCCUGCCGCACAUCGUACCCAAUGUCCUACUAGCUAAACGAGAGAGAAUGGUUGUGCACCUCUGCCAGGAGCUGAUACCUCUCAUCCUGUGUACUGCCUGCCUGCAUCCCGAGCCCAAAGAAAGAGACCAGCUACUGCACAUCCUCUUUAAUCUUAUCAAGAGACCUGACGAUGAGCAGAGGCAGAUGAUUCUGACCGGGUGUGUGGCUUUCGCACGCCAUGUUGGUCCCACUCGGGUUGAAGCCGAACUCCUGCCGCAGUGCUGGGAACAGAUUAACCACAAGUAUCCAGAGAGAAGACUUCUGGUGGCGGAAGCGUGUGGAGCCCUGGCCCCUUAUUUACCCAAGGAAAUCCGAAGCUCCCUGGUUCUGUCCAUGCUUCAGCAGAUGUUGGCAGAAGACAAAGCCGAUAUGGUGCGAGAAGCCGUGGUGAAAAGUUUAGGUAUUAUCAUGGGCUACAUAGAUGACCCAGACAAGUACUCCCAGGGCUUUGAGCUGAUGUUGUUGUCUCUGGGCGACCCAUCGGAGAGGGUGGUCAGUGCCACCCAUCAGGUGUUCAUUCCUGCCUUUGCUGCCUGGUGCACAGAACUGGGCAACCUACAGUCCCAACUCAUCCCCUCCCUCCUCACACGCAUCAGAAAACUGCUUAAGCAGGGUGAAUAUGGUUUAGAUGAACACAAGCUGCAUAUUUAUUUGUCAGCGCUUCAGUCUCUCGUCCCGUCUCUGUUUGCGGUGCUUUUUCAAAACGCCCCCUUCACUAGCCGGGCCAAACUACAGGGCGACGUGCCUCCUAUUGAGGUGACCCGGUUCCCGCGGCCAGCCUCUCCGUUGCAGGACGUGGCCACCAUCGUGGGCAGCCGAGAGCAGUUGUCAGUUCUGCUACAGUUAUAUGAUAAUCAGCUCCAGCAUGAAGGAACUACAGGAUGGGACAGUUUGCUCUGGGUGGUCAACCAAUUUUUACCACAGCUAAUAGAGAUAGUAGGACAAAUCAAUGUCACCUCAUCCACCUGUGUCCACGAAUUCUCCAGGUUCUUCUGGAGAUUUUGUCGGACAUUUGGGAAAAUUUUUACCAACACCAAGGUAAAACCUCAAUUCCAAGAAAUCCUGCGGCUAUCAGAAGAGAAUGUGGACGCCACAGCAGGAAAUGGCAUCCUUACCAAGGCUACAGUGCCGAUCUAUGCAACUGGAGUCCUGACGUGUUACAAUCAGGAGGAGGAUCGUAAACUCUUGGUGGGCUUUCUAGAGGAUGUCAUGACCACACUCUCUCUCUCCCAUGCUCCUCUUGACAGUCUGAAGGCUUCAUUUGUUGAGUUGGGUGCAAACCCAGCAUAUCAUGAGCUGCUGCUGACGGUGCUGUGGUAUGGAGUGGUCCAUACAUCUGCACUAGUACGCUGCACAGCUGCACGCAUGUUCGAGCUGGUUCUUCGAGGCAUGAGCGAAGCCUUAAUUGACAAGCGAGUAGCUCCGGCCCUUAUUACCUUGUGCAGUGGUCCUGAAUUCUCAGUGAGGAUAUCCACAAUACCUGCUUUUGGAACAAUUAUGGAAACUGUAACACAAAAAGAGCUGCUAGAAAGGGUGAAAAUGCAGCUGGCCUCUUUUCUGGAAGACCCUCAGUAUCAGGACCAGCAUUCUUUGCACAUGGAAAUUAUCAAAACGUUUGGAAGGGUAGGACCCAAUGCUGAGCCACGCUUCAGAGAUGAAUUUGUUCUUCCUCAUUUGCACAAACUGGCUCUUUGCAACAACCAGCAGAUGGUGGAUAGUAAGAGAAUUGACAUCGCCACUCAACUGUUUGAGGCUUACAGCGCCUUAUCCUGCUGUUUUAUUUCUGAAGAACUCAUGGUGAAUCAUUUCCUCCCUGGACUGAGAUGUUUGAGGACAGACAUGGAGCAGCUCUCUCCAGAGCAUGAGGUUAUUCUCAGUUCCAUGAUUAAGGAGUGUGAAAUAAAGGUGGAGAACAAAGGCAUAGGAGAGGCACAAGGGUCCAUUUCCAUUGCAGCGAGUCUGGUGGGUGAGGAUGCAAAAACAAAGUUUCUAAGUAAGAUGGGUCAGCUGACCACCUCAGGUGCCAUGCUGGCUAAUGUUUUCCAGAGAAAGAAAUGAUUUCCCAUGAUCCUCUGCUGUCUGGGAUCUCAGACUACUUGAAAUCAAUCGUCUGCCUUUGUUUUGUUCGUCUUGAUUUGAUAGUCAGUCUCUCUCUCUCUCUCUCUCUCUCUCUCUCUCUCUCUCUCUCUCUCUCUCUCUCUCUCUCUCUCUCUCUCUCUCUAUAUAUAUAUAUAUAUAUAUAUAUAUAUAUAUAUAAUGUAUGUAUAUAUAUAUAUAUAAUGUAUGUAUAUGUGUGUGUCUUAAUUAUUUCAGCCUCCAAAGAAAUUUGCACUCGGUUUUUUUUUCUUUUUUCUUUUUUUUUUCUAUUUCAGAGGCUUAUUUGCAUCACUACUUUUUCUCUUUUUUAAAAAUGUCAACUUUAUCAAAUCAAAACAACAAUUCCUUCCAUGUCUUGUUGUCUUUAUGUAUUGCCGUGUCUGGAGAAAGUUUUCUAUAAGUGUGUAAAAUUAUCUGAGGUUUUGUUUCUCUUGUUUUGGAUAUGCUCCAACCGUAAAUAACUGUAAAAUACAGUGACUUAAGAGAACAGUACCUAAUGUCAUGUAUAUUUGAAAUUUGUGUCAUAUGAUAAUAAAAAGUGAAGACCACUUAUGUA